AUGCAUAUAAUUAAGCCGGUAUGGCUCACACAUGGAGGUGAACGGAAGGAUUUCGAAGUUUACAGCUGCGAUGUGUCGCCGGAUGGGAAGCGGCUUGUGACAGCUGCGGGAGAUGGAUACGUUCGAAUCUGGUCAACAGAGGCCAUCUACGGCACCGGAAACGCAGAAAUGGCGGGCAAGCCAAAACAACUGGCGUCCAUGAGCAACCACUCAGGCACCAUUCACACCGUUCGUUUCUCGCCCAAUGGGAAAUACCUCGCCUCUGGCGCCGAUGAUAAAAUUGUCUGCGUGUAUACGCUUGAUGCCAAUCCUCCAACGCACGCAACUUUCGGCACGGACGAAACACCUCCCGUCGAGAACUGGCGCACGAUUCGGCGAUUGAUCGGUCACGACAAUGAUGUUCAGGAUCUUGGAUGGUCAUUCGAUUCCUCAAUCUUGGUCUCCGUUGGACUGGACUCCAAGGUGGUGGUCUGGUCUGGGCACUCGUUUGAAAAGUUGAAGACACUCUCGAUCCAUCAAAGUCACGUCAAAGGCAUCACUUUCGACCCAGCAAACAAAUACUUCGCAACUGCCAGCGAUGACCGGACUGUCCGCAUCUUCCGAUUUACCUCUCCUGCCCCGAAUUCUUCCGCGCACGACCAGAUGAACAACUUUGUCCUCGAGCAAACCAUCACGGCACCAUUUGCCAACUCUCCAUUGACUGCCUAUUUCCGCCGUUGUUCUUGGUCGCCUGAUGGAAUGCAUAUCGCUGCUGCAAAUGCCGUAAAUGGUCCUGUCAGCUCCGUCGCAAUCAUCAAUCGAGGGUCCUGGGACGGCGACAUCAAUUUGAUCGGACACGAAGCUCCAGUCGAAGUUUGCUCGUUCUCUCCGCGGCUUUACUCAACUGAGCCUCCUAAUAAAAAGCAACCUGACGGCCAGCCGGUGCCGCAAAAUCACAUUACUGUCAUUGCCUGUGCUGGUGGAGACAAAUCCCUCAGCAUCUGGAUCACGAGUAAUGCUCGACCGAUCGUGGUUGCUCAGGAGAUGGCGGCCAAAGCCAUUUCAGAUCUGGCGUGGACCCCUGAUGGAAAAUGUCUCUUUGCUACCGCUCUUGAUGGCACAAUCGUAGCAGUCAGAUUCGAGGAUGGCGAGCUCGGAUGGGCUACAGAGAUGGAAGAGAAUGAAAAGUCACUCACUAAAUUCGGAACGAAUCGAAAGGGUGCUGGUAUCACAGAAAACAUCGACAGCUUACUACUGGAAGAGAAAAGCAAGGCCGGCGAGAUCAAGCACGUCGAAGGAAGAAUGGGUGCUUUGAUGGGUGAUAGUGCCGAACCUAACACAAAUGGAGACAAACCACCACAGGCCUCAAAUGGGACCACACCUGCUCGUGGCUCGUCGCCGGCCCCUGAAGUCCCGAAAGCGCAGCCCAACGGAACUGCCCCAACACCUAGUGCCACAGAGGCCGAGAAGCCGGAUCCUUAUCAAGCCAAAUUAGAGAAGCUGAAACAACGCCCGACAUAUACCAAAGAAGGCAAAAAGCGUAUCGCUCCAUUGUUGGUCUCCGGGGCUGGCGCUGGCGAGUCAUCUCUUCCACAGGCCCGUCUGAUGGCAUCCAUCAGCAAUCAAGUCAAAGCCGACGCCCCAACUACCAUCGUCGACUUGUCAAAACCCUUCGAUGGUCUGCCUAAAGGUGGUCUGACUGCUUUACUACUUGGAAAUAAGCGUAAAUUGGCCCAAAUUGAUGGCGAUGAGGACGGGAGCGUGGAGAAGCGUGUAGCACUUUCCACCCAAAACGGCGCAACUCCCAUCAUGGCGAAUACCCCUGAUGGUCUUCUACCAGCCCAAGUCCAGUCUGCGAUAGCCGGUCAACAACCAACUCCGGAUUUUAUCCGACCUGCGGUUACCAACCCUUGCAUGUCAGUUAGCCAGCUUCGUUUGGCAGUCCCCAAGAUUCGCAGUCAGAUUCUCCGCGCGAUAGAUGCGAGCGGGAAACCGACAGAACCCCCAGCUCCUGGUGCAGACCCCGGCACAACCAAGGGUCGUGUGGAUGUGGUCUUCGAGGCCCGAAAUCCAUCACCCGCAAGCCUGACUGGUCGCGCUGUGGACCGUGAACCAGUACGCCUGACUCUCUUCCGUGGUGAUCAGCCGCUAUGGCAAGAUUUCUUGCCACGGACUGUUCUCCUCGUGACUGGUAACCAGAGUAUGUGGGCAGCUGGCUGUGAGGAUGGGUCGAUCUACCUGUGGACACCAGCAGGUCGUCGGCUGGUGAGCUCGCUUGUCCUUGAAGCACAGCCUGUCAUCCUCGAGUGUAACGGACCGUGGAUAUUGUGCAUCUCAUCAGUGGGUAUGUGCUAUGUCUGGAACGUGAAGCACUUAUCUUCCCCACACCCACCAGUCUCUCUCCAACCCGUCCUGGACGCUGCUAUUCAUACACUAGGCGCGAAUCCCACCGCUGCUCCUGCAGUGACAGAUGCACGCAUCAACUCAGAAGGCCGAGUCGUCGUCUCCCUAUCCAAUGGCGAGGGUUAUUCCUACUCCCCAUCCAUGUUCACAUGGCAACGAAUCACAGAAGCCUGGUGGGCAGUUGGUAGUCAAUACUGGAACACGACAGAUGCACCAGUUAGCAACUUGCAAGCCAAGGAUGCACAACAAGACAACAAGGAUGCAAAGGCAGCUGUCGCGGCUGGGAUUAUUCCUUGGCUGGAGCGGAACACUACCAACGAGACCCUUCUUCGCGGAAGAGCGUACUUCCUCCAGCGUCUCAUCAAAGUUCUGUUGUCACGUGAAGGUUACGAGACCUUCGAAUCCAGCGUCUCCAUUGCACAUCUCGAAAACCGUCUUGCUGCUGCUCUAUCCUUGGGUGCUAAAGAAGAGUUCAGGCUGUACCUGUCCAUGUACGCCAAGCGCAUUGGCGCCGAAGGGCUGAAGCUGAAGGUAGAAGAGCUACUGAAGGGAUUGAUGGGCGGUCUUUUCGACGACGAAGAUGAUGCCAGUGAGGGUGUUUUGAAAUUACAGGCCAAUGAGCGUGAGGGCCGCAAUUGGCGCGAAGGGUCUGACGAUCUAUGUGGCUGGCCACGGGAAACACUCUUGAAGGAAGUCAUUCUGGCACUCGGUAAACACCGUGACCUUCAACGUGUCACAGUACCCUAUGCCAAGCUUCUUGACAUGGUUGACACAGCAUCGGAGCAUGGCGAUGCCAUGGACCUCUAG